UCCGGCACUCUGCAGAGCCAGAUACAAAAACAACCCAGAGUUUCCCUCAUCUCAGAGUUAACAAACAUCUUGAAACGGACCCCAGUGUUCGGGCUGCGACUACUGACGUUUCACGAGUCCACGAGUGCCUUCGCUGGAGCUGACAGAAAUGCCUGACGUCAUGACGAGAGUCCUGGUGAUCUACACCGGAGGGACCAUCGGGAUGACGCUUAAGGAUGGAAAGCUUGUCCCAACACCCGACGCUUUAGUGAAAGCACUGCACAAGAUGCCCAUGCUCUGCGACGAGGAGUACACCAAGGUUCACCUGAAAGACUACAACACCCUGGCCCUGCCGCUGACUAAAGACAAUAAGAGGAUAGUGUACACUGUUCUAGAGUACAACCCUUUGCUGGAUUCCUCCAACAUUUCCCCAGAUGACUGGGCUAAAAUUGGAAAGGACAUUGAGAAAAACUAUGACAACUUUGAGGGUUUUGUGAUCCUGCACGGCACAGACACCAUGGCUUACACAGCCUCGGCCCUGUCCUUCAUGUGUGAACAUUUGUGCAAACCAAUCAUUGUCACCGGAUCUCAGGUGCCGAUUUACCAGUUGAGGAAUGAUGGCCGAGACAACCUGCAGGGGGCGGUACUGAUCGCAGGCCAGUUUGACAUUCCCGAGGUGUGCUUGUACUUCUACAACCAACUCUUCAGAGGGAACCGUGUGACCAAGGUGAAUGCUGAGAGUUUUGACGCGUUCACCUCUCCCAACCUGGAUCCUCUGGCCAUCGCUGAAGCCGACAUUAUAAUCAAUAAGCAUAUUGUGCGGCCGCCAGACCACACAGCAAAGUUUCAUGUCAGCACCCAGCUGAAUAGGAACGUGGGGCUGCUCAGGCUCUUCCCAGGAAUCACUACAGCUACUGUGAAGGCUUUCCUGCAGCCGCCCAUGAAGGGCGUAGUCCUGGAGACCUACGGCUGCGGAAACGCCCCCGAUAACCGACCUGAGCUGCUGGCGGCGCUGAAGAUGGCCACCGACUCCGGUGUCAUCAUCAUGAACGUCACCCAGUGCCUGAAGGGGACCGUGUCUGAUUCGUACGCCACCGGCGAGGCGUUGAAGAAAGCAGGGCUGAUAGCUGGUGGAGACAUGACUCAAGAGGCGGCCCUGUCUAAGCUCUCUUACGUAUUGGCCAAGGGUAUCGAUUUAUCCGUCAAGAGAGAGUUGAUGGGUAAGAAUCUGCGCGGUGAGAUGUCUGAGGUACAAAAAACCAAGCUGUCUCUGAGCGACGGCCGAUUCAUCCAGGUCAUCGCCAGGUGCCUGAGCAUCAACGACAAGGAGAAGCUGGAAGCCAUCCGUGAGGCCUUGACUCCCCCACUGGCAUGUGCCGCUGCUAGGAUCGGUGACAUAGAGGCCCUAAAGGACACUAACUUCAGUCUGAGUGACUACGACGGACGCACACCCCUACAUAUCGCUGCCUGCGAGGGCCACCUCAAAGUGGUGGAGUACCUCCUGGAUCAUGGAGUCACAAUCUCCGUCACAGAUCGUUAUGGGGCCACGCCCCUGGGCAACGCUGUGCGCUUCAGACACAAGGAGGUGGUGAGGCUGCUGAGGAAGGCCGGGGCGCAGCUCUUCACAGACGAGUUGGACAAAGCCGGAACUGAACUGUGCAGCCUGACAGCCAGCGGAGACCUGGAGGGCCUCAAAAUGUGGGAACUCGCUGGAGCCGAUCUGAAUCAACCCGGCUACAAUGGACAAACCCCCCUUGAACUGGCCCAUGAUCUUGGCAAAAAAGAAGUGAGGGCAUUUUUAAAGCAGCUCAAAAAACCCAAGUGAUCGAGUCUCCAGCAACCCAGAGAGGACCGUGAACUGUCGGUUUUUUGACCGACAAGAAUCCUCCUCCACUUUCCUACUCCAAUUCGUCCUCCUCACUUUGUCCUCCUCACUUUGUCCUCCUCACUCCGUCCAGCGCACCAAUACAUGCCACACAGCUUCCUGGGAGCUCCUACUGGGAGUUAGAGAAAAUCAGAGAACUCCCCCUCACUAACCUUUCUUUAACUCUUUUAGUACACAAAAUUAGAAAGUGGAAGGUUACGUAGUACAGUUAAGUCACUUUGUAAAAUAUAAUAGCAAAAUAUUCAGGAUUAAUUACAGGGUGCACCUACGUACUUUACUCUUUGGUUUUUUUUAGUGAAGUGCAGGAAGAUUUCCAGUAACUAAUGCUGUUAUUCAACUGUAGGCCUUGUCCACUUGAAGCAGAACAUUUCCUGCUUAAAUUGUUACUACAAAAACUUGUGUA